AUGUUUCGUGACGCUGAUUUGCUGCAACUGGACAUGCUGAACAUCGAUGGUGGGGGGGCCAAUCUCCUUGAAAGCCCGACUUCUGCUCUUGGAAAGCUGUGCCACACUUCUGCUCUGGGCCUUCGAGUGGACGCAGCGGUGCCUUUGGAGAAAAGCCUCGAAGAGACGCAAGGGAGAGAAUGGCAAGGCAGAGGACAGAUGAGACGCAAGGGUUCGGAUGGUUCUGAAUGCCGAACGUUAGACCCCUGCAGUCAUGGUUGGGGUCAAACAGCUCAAGGCCCUGAUGUGAGGAGGCCACGUAUGUUGGAUUGCGGGAAAAGGGAUGUGCAUCUCCGAAGCUCUCAGCAGCCAAUUGCUCAGAGUCAGACUGUCAGACUCCAUCAUUUGCGACGAGUUGCCAUGGCUCGGGCCCAGGCGCGCCACUCUGGCACUGGCCGUUGCUGUGCGUGGCUCAAGGGCCUUCUCGAGCCAGUUUUUCGUCGCCGGCGCCCUCCACCUCCUCCAACAGCUGAGCUUGGUUCCACUCUGCUGGAACACCCCAUCCCAGCACGCCAGCGAGAUGUCAAAGCCGGAUUGCCGGCUGAAACUGCUGUGGAGGUGCCGGCCCGGCCUUUGAAACCUAUCCGGAACGAAAUUCCCGGCAUGUUGGAAUGCCUCAAGGGUGCACGAGCGGAUGUCCAAGACAUCAAGGUGGCCCUGGAAGCGGCGGAGGAGCCGAAAAAGGCUUUCUUCGAGAGCGCUGUCUUGUUCGCCGGGACUUCCGGCCCCGUGCUGUGUAUGUCUUUGGAUGCGAACGGCAUCCACUGUGAGGGCCAGAACUGCUCCUUGCAGAUUCCUAUUCAAUAUCUGGAGGAGUAUGUGGACGAAUGGCCCACCAAUGACGAGGCACAUGAUAAAGCCCUCAAAGCCCUGAUCCUUACCAAGUACCUGCAAGCUCCGGGAAACAUGGUGGAGGUUGAACUUUUGGACGAGUAUAUGGUUUCACUCGCCAGAACCAUGGAGGGCAAGAAUGCCAUCUUCUGGAAAGUGGUGACCAAAACCCAAGAGGAGAUCGAGUUCGCUUCUGGCGGACAGCCUGGAGAGCUUGUGUCCGUCCCCAUGCCUCACCACUUUCCGUUACUCAUCGUCCCCAAGGAGGCAAGAGAUGAACUGCCAGCGCGGCUGGCAAAGUUUGAGCACGCAUGGAAUACUAUGUAUGGACGCGCUUAA